CCAUUUUUCCUUCUUCUGUUUCUUUCUUUAUUAUUAUUAUUUUUUAAGCGGCUCAACCAUAUUCCAUAGCAAGGUCCUUUCACUGCUUUUGCUUCUUCUCUAGCACUGAAGUUGGUAGUAAGCCAAAGAUUUCCAAUGGAAGUAACAAACAGGUACGUAGUGAUGAGAAAUCAUAUUGAUGGAACACCCCAAGAAUCUGAUUUUGAGCUCAAGACUGAGGCUCUUUCUUUAUCUAUUGAGCCUGGUAAAAAGGAGCUCAUUGUGAAAAAUCUUUACUUAUCCAUUGAUCCAUACCAAUUGAACCGCAUGAAGCAAAAAAGUUCCUCGCAGGAAACCACAAGCUUUGCACGUGCUGUUAAGCCUUUUGAGGCCAUUGAUGCUUAUGGUGUUGCGAGAGUUGUUGCUUCUGGGAUUCCUGCGUUUAAAGAGGAUGACUUGGUUGCAGGACUCCUGACUUGGGGAGAAUACAGCAUUGUAAAAGAAGGUGGCUUGCUAAAUAAGGUUGAUAACAUAGGAUUUCCCAUUUCUCACCAUGUAGGCGUUCUGGCAUUCAGUGGGCUUACAGCUUAUGCUGGAUUUUUUGAGAUUUGUAAGCCAAAGCAAGGGGAGAAAGUGUUUGUCUCUGCUGCCUCAGGAUCUGUUGGAAGUUUAGUAGGACAAUAUGCAAAGCUGUUUGGAUGCUAUGUUGUAGGAUGUGCUAGUAGCCAAAAAAAGGUGGACUUGCUAAAGCAGAAGCUUGGUUUUGAUGAAGCAUUCAACUACAAAGAAGAAACUGAUCUGAAAUCAACUCUCAAAAGGUACUUCCCAGAUGGGAUCGACAUAUACUUUGAUAAUGUGGGAGCAGAAAUGCUGGAAGCAGCGGUUGAGAACAUGAAUACAUUCGGUAGAGUUGCUGUUUGUGGCGUUAUAUCUGAAUAUACGGACAAAGGAAGACGUGCUGCUCCAAACAUGGUGGAUGUUAUUUACAAGAGGAUAACAAUGCAAGGAUUUUUAGCUGGUGAUCAUAUGAAAGUCUACAAGGAUUUCAUUUCAGACACAGUUGAGCACAUUCAGGCAGGAAAGUUGCAGGUGCUUGAAGACAUUUCACAUGGUUUGGAAAGCAUACCAUCUGCUUUUGUAGGUCUUUUCCGAGGCGACAAUAUAGGGAAAAAGAUGGUUCAAUUAGCAGAUGAUUGA